AGUGACACGGCCGCGGCAUCCGGGGAGCUGCCUCCAGCUCGGGCGGUGCACGACGGCCGCGGCCCCAGCGCCCUACGAGAAGCUGAACUCUAUCACCUUUCUUCAAAAUGCAAUGGAACGUACCACAGACUGUAUCUCGACUGGCACAAAGGACGUGCUUAGAACCACAUAAAGCUGGUCUUUUUGGACACUGUCAAAGUAUAAAGGCACCUUUACUUUUUUGUAAUGCUGUAUCCAAGGUGAUUUUGGGACAAAGCCCUCAAAAACAGUGGUUGCACUUAACUGCUGCUCAGUGUGUUGCAAAGGAAAGGAAGCCAUCAGAUGCUCAUCUGCCCCAACCAGGAGUCCUUCGCCAUAGGCGAUGGAAGAAAGAUGUUUUAUCCAAGAGGAUUUUUUCGUCCAAUGCCACAACCCAGGGGUCUCCAGGAAAAAAGGAAGAGCCUGAUCCUUUACAAGACAAAUCUAUUAGUCUUUAUCAACGUUUUAAGAAGACAUUUAGACAAUAUGGAAAAGUUUUGAUUCCAGUGCAUCUAAUAACUUCUGGUGUUUGGUUUGGAACAUUUUACUAUGCAGCCUUAAAAGGAGUGAAUGUGGUUCCUUUUCUAGAAUUCAUUGGGUUACCUGACAGCGUGGUAAACAUCCUGAAAAAUUCCCAGAGUGGAAAUGCACUAACAGCAUAUGCCAUGUUUAAGAUUGCGACACCCGCCAGGUAUACUGCGACUUUGGGAGGCACGUCCUUUACUGUGAAGUAUCUCCGCAGUCAUGGCUACAUGUCCACACCACCACCUGUUAAGGAGUAUCUGCAGGACAGGAUGGAGGAGACAAAGGAGCUUAUCACCGAGAAAAUGGAAGAAACAAAGGAUAGACUCACUGAAAAGUUACAAGAAACCAAAGAAAAAGUUUCUUUUAAGAAAAAAGUGGAAUAGGGUGCCUUAUAUAACAGGAUAUAGAAAAUUCCUGCACUUUAACCCUUUGGAAACUAUGGGCAAAGAUAUAUGUCUGAUUAUUUUUUUGGUUAGUUGCCUAAAUAUGCUAGUUCUCUGAGGGUUAAAGAACUAAGAUGCCUUUUUAAAACUAAAUAUCACUACAAAAAUCAAUGUCUUUUGAAAGGAAGAAAGAACCCAGUAUAAGAAAUUUCACAUCGUUAACAGCAUUAAGCAAUGUGAAUGUCUUGUAAGGCGCACUUUGUUUUCAAGGUCUUCAGAAUCAUUUGCUUUGUCUUGUUGCCAGCUGUAAUUAAUGCAGGCAAGGCAGCUGACUUCUUGAUAACUGAUGUGACCCAUAGACAGCUGUUAAUACUGGAUCUUAAUCUUCACGUCAUUCAAUAAGGUUUUAACUAUAUUUAGUUCUUAAUGUGGAGGCAAACUAGCAUCAUCAAAUCUGCCUGCAAAUAAGAGGAUAUUUAGUCUUUCUAUAAAAAACAGUAUAUAACAAUUACCAGUUAAAAUACACACCUUAUAUCAAGAAAAGGGAAUAAAAAUUCAGUUAUAUGUAUGUAAAUAAGAUGUAUUGGUUUAUAUGUACAUGAAAAUGAACCCUUUAAAGAUGAUUUUUACCUGAAGCUUGUCAUAAUCAAUUUUUUAAAGCAAAUAUAUAUGGCAGUAGUACUUUUGCAAACUUGCGUAUUGGUGGCGAUCACCUCAAACACAAAACUUUAUUGUGAGUCAUUUGUGUCCUCUUCAACUAAUCUUUCAGAAGAAAGGUAAAAAAUCAUUAUACCUUAAGUUUAAAUUAAAUUUUUCAGCAGCAACUCAGGCUCGUGGCUCUCAAGCAGAAAAAGGUUUGGGAAACUAAAAAAUGGGGUCAGGUUGUCAUGGGGACAGCUUACUCUCCCUGGGGUGGGAACUGGCCUUGCCUCAUCAAACCAACACAGUUUCCCAAUAUAUUAUUUUGGGGUUAAUGUUGACUUCAUUCAGAGUAAAUGUUAAAAUUGUGGCUGCUGCUUUUUAUCUCACAUCAAAGGGAAGUAGUGUCCUUGCCUGAGCAUUCUUCCUGUUUGUGAAGAUAUAUAUAUAUCAGAGAGAGAGAGAGAGGUAUAUCAAAGGUAUCAUUAAAUUAUUUGCUUGUGAUGAAAUUCAACCAUGUCUGAUAUGAAAGUUGCCUGGAUUGUGGGAUGAGUUUGAGUAUGUGUGUGUUUCUUUGUUCUAACUGUGAUUACUUCAGCUCUAACACUUAAACUGCUAAUUGGAAGAGGGAAAAGCCUCCUUUUUUUUUUUUAAGAUUGUCAUUGUUUUGAUUUAUCUGCCAAGCCAAGAGAAUGUCAGAGUUUGCCACAUCGUUAGUUCUGUGGGACUUCCUGCUGUGUGUCAGGAUUUUUGUAUGAAAUGCUUAGUUUGACCCAAUUUAGAGGAUAGUUUAAGAGGAUUGAAAUGUUUAAAUGGAUACAUCUGAUUAUCAUAUUGGAACACUUUCAAAAUAUGCUGGGAUUGGACUCUUCUGGGAUGGGAGGAGCAGGAGAGCAGCUGUGUCGCUGCUUGUCAGCCUUGGGCAGGUAGCACAGUUUGCUACCCGAUGUGCUGAUUUGCAUCGACAGCACAUUUUCAGAUCAAAAUAUGAACAUAUUUUAGAUGUUUAUUAAAUAAUUUACAUUUUUGCAGUUAUUUAUUUAAUGCUAAGAUGUCGACACAUUUCUUGUCUCUUUUUUUUUAACCGCUUGAGAAUACUUAUGUUGAAAUCUGUUAUAUGGCAUUCUUUCUUCUAAAACAAUUGCCUUUUACUUUUUACAUUGCACAGGGCAUAUUUUCCGGUGAGAAUAAAUUGGAGGUUCUUGGAAGUUACUGAUCAUCCCGAGACUAAAAUAUACUUUUCCUGAGUUGACAUCUUCUGUUCAGUCCAUUUGAGUUUUGUUGCCAUCCAGUUUCAUAAUUGUAUUGUGUCUAUUCAGUUAGAGAAAAUGAGGUACUGCUUAUGAGUGCUUUGAAAUUCCCUAGUAAAAAGUUAUCUGAAGA